AAAACCUUGUUCAUCAUUAUUGCAGUACACAUAUUUCCUUCAUAAGCAGCUCAGAGCCGGAACAGCACAGCCCCAGCAAACAUUAUCCUGUCUAUAACAUGGAGGAAUCGUGUACAUAUCAGUUCCCUGUGGCCCUCCAGUGGGAUCAGGGGCCCGAGAAACUGAAGGAGUUAAAGAAUAAGUUACUUGUGUAUUUCCAGAGCAAGAGCAAGUCUAACGGAGGGGAGAGUGUAAUCAAGGAUCUCGACUGCAGCCAGGGAUAUGUCCUCAUCCACUUCAGCCAAGAAACAGUGCGAGAUCGAGUUCUUCAGAAACAAACCCAUGAGUUGAGCUUACCUGGUGGGAAAAAGUUACAGCUGAAUAUCAGUUUGCCAGAGGCGGGGGGGUUUAAUGCCAGCAAAGCAGAGGUGAGUCCAGCCAAGGACACUACAGCAAAGGAACCUAAAGCCAAAGAAUCUUCACCAAAUGAACUUUCAUACAAAAAACCAUCAGCUAGUGAAAUUCCGGUCACUGAAUCUCCAACCAAAGAAACCUCAGCCAAAAGGUCUCAAGCACUGGAACCUCCAGCUGGAUCCAAUGACAUCGAUAUUGAAGAGGAAUCAGUUUCUGCAGAAUCAAAUGUAAAAUCAGAGAAAGCAAAUAUAACGAUACAAGGCGCCCCUAAUUCCAUGGUUCUGAUUGAGAAUCUCCAAGAAUCCUUCACUGCGGAAAUGUUAAACCUAUUGGUGGAGAAAGACAGUAACAAAGUUGAGGGCCAAGACUUUUAUGUGGAGAUGAUCCCCGAGAUCCAAUCUGCUGUGGUCACUUUUACAUGUGACAUAGAUAUCUGCAGUUUUAUGGGGAGACUGACCAGAAACUCCAGGUUUAAACAGGAACCAACAGUGAAGGCUCUGGAGGAAACUAAACAUAUCCGAGUCGAGAAUGUGUCCCCAAACAUGUCUGAAGAGUACCUGUUGAUCUACUUUGAGAGCUCAAGGCACGGAGGGGGAACAGUACAGAAGGUGAACCUAAUACCAGAGGAGGAGGCAGCAAUAGUAACAUUCAGAAAUAUUGAAGAUACAUACAAGGUAUUGGCAAAGCAGAAUGUGCUUGAGAAGAAGUUAGUAUCAGUGUAUCCAUACUAUGAGUCCCCAGGCAUAACUCUAUAUGGAAAGGAGGGACCUUGUGUAACAUUACCCAAACCCCUGGAGGUACCAAUUAGUCCAUAUGUACUGGAAUUCAUACUGGAACAUCCACAGAUAAAAAAUGACAUAAACAAAAAGAUGGUAGAUAAGAAUUGUGAGAUCACAUGGCCAGAUCCAAACUGCUCUAAACCUACCAUUAGAUUUUGCAUUCUCAGCUCCAUAUCAUCUCAUCUCAGGACAAUGGCAAAGAUUGUACGGACAUGGGGAGAUCAAGUUUAUACAGAAUUCUCCCAUAUUAUUAACAGGUUCAAAGCUGCAGAAUACAAUGUGAAUCCAUCAGUUUGGGAAGCCAUCAAAGGAGAAGUCAGCAGCUCCACAUAUGGGGAAAUUUUGGUCAAACCAGACCUUGCCAAACAGAAAGUCUUCCUUGCAGGACCCUCCCAGGUUAUGACUGAGAAAGAGCAAGCAUUCGGGGAACUGGUAGAAAAUACCACUAGACAAAUUGAUAGACAGAAUCGAAGCGUGGAAAUGUCUGAGGCGCUGGCUCCUGCUCUUUAUGAAAUAAUGUGUAAAAGUGGUCAUAUAAAGAACAUCCAGUCACAAUCUCCAGAUGUCAGAAUUGAGUAUGACGUACCAACCAAAAACCUCAAGCUCUAUGGAGUCAAAGAAGAAGUUCUCUCUGCUAAAUCUGAAAUACACAAAGCAACACAACAACUGAAAUCUAAAUCAAUCCCGUUUGAUCUCCACAUAAUCCAUUUCUUGGGGUUUACUGAUAAUGAUGCAUUGUCCUGUCUCCUCCUCACACGCCACAAUAUUAAUGCAGUGUUUCGGACUGAGGGUAACUUAGUCACACUGAAUGGCCUCUCCAUGAAGGAUCUGUCAGAGGCAGAAAAACAGAUGAAACGUGAGUUAGUUUGUAUGCAAGUUACUGUUGAAGACAAGACGAUUAUCUCAAAACCUGAGUGGAAUAGUCUCAUUACACAUUUGUGUCAUUCAUUUAACUCAGAGAGAUGCACAGUUGUGAUUGAGGAGUUUCCCAGAGGAGCAGAGAAUCAGGUGGUUAUUGCUGGUCUGGCUUCCAAUGUAGGAAAUGCUUCCCAACAGAUCCAUGACUUUCUGGAGAAGAACACUCCCAUACAGAAAAAUAUUCAGGUCAGAUCGGUGGCCAUUAUACCGUUUAUAAUGCAAGAGAAGAAGCAGUUUUAUGAGGAAAUAAAAAGUCAGAAUGUAAAUGUUGUUAUGAAAGAAAAAAAUAUUACUCUGCGUGGGUCCAGAUUUUAUGUACAAGAGGCAGCCAUCCUUAUAGAAAAGAUUCUCUCCUCACUACACUCUGGCACUGUGUGCAUUAAGAAGCCAGGGGCCAAGAAGUUCUGUAUAGAGAAAGAGGAAAUGUAUGUUAGUGCAGCAAAGAAUAAGUUUCAGUGCUUGGUUCACUUCCAGAAGGAAGGAGAAGACAUUGUAACUACUAGUCCGGUGGAUAUCAGUGAAAGUCACUACCAAAGAGAUUUGCCAGAAGGAGUGACCAUUGCAAUCUAUAAGGACGACCUGACCCAUCACAGUGUUGAUGUUGUAGUUAAUGCAGCCACUGAAGAUUUGAAGCUUACUGAGGGGUUGUCGUUGGCCCUACUGAAUGCUGCAGGGCCCAAUCUACAAACAGAAUGCAAUCAAAUUAUAAAAACAGAAGGAAAAUUACGAAUUGGUGAUUCAGUUAUUACUGGCGCUGGUAAUUUGCCGUGCAAACAGGUUAUACAUUCUGUUAGCCCCAAGUGGGAUCCAAAGACAAAAUGUACACGACUACUCCAGAGAGCAAUAAACAGAUGCUUAGAACUGGCUGCAGAAAAUGGACACAAUUCCGUUGCAAUUCCAACUGUUGGUUCCCAGAUGUCUGGCUUCCCUGUGAAUGUCUGUGUGCAAAACAUUGUGGAGUCGGUUCGGCAGUAUGUGGAAAGCCCAGAAAGAUCUAAAAAUUUAAAAAGAAUUCAUCUUGUUGAUUCUGCUGGUGAAACAGUUGCAGCUUUCACUGAGGCUGUUAAGGCUGAAUUUGGAGAUAAUAUCCCGGAAUCCUCCCGUACAGGCAACAUCGGUUCCGAUAAGCAAUCAAAAAGCAAAGAAAUGUCAAGAAGGUCAGAUGGACAAAUGGCAACAACUAAAGAGGGUGUAAAUAUUAAAAUAGUCCAAGGAAAUAUCCAAGAUGCAACAACAGAUGUGAUCGUGAAUAGUGUGGGGAAGGACCUGAAUUUAAAUUUCGGUGCAGUUUCUAAAGCUCUAAGUGCCAAAGCUGGUGCCAAACUCCAGGAACAAUUAAAAGAACUGAGCCAUGGGUCCCAAGUGGAAGAAGGUUCAGUAUUUGUCACUGAUGGAUUUGGCCUGAACUGCAAGAAAGUCAUUCAUGUUGUGACUCCCGGGUGGGACGAAGGAAAGGGCUCUGCUGAGAAGACACUGAGAACGAUCAUGAAGAGCUGCCAGAGUGCCACCAAAAAGGAGAAACUAAAAUCCAUAACUUUCCCAGCUAUUGGAACAGGAGCUCUUGGUUUCCCUAAAAAUGUGGUUGCUUCAUUAAUGUUUGAAGAGGUUCUGAAAUUCAGCUGCAAACAUAAAGGUGGUCAACUGCAAGAAGUUAACUUUCUGUUGCAUCCAAGUGACAAGGAGACUAUCAAGGCCUUUAACAGUGAACUUUCUGAAAGGACAAAGUCAGAGGAGUCCGGUCACCAGUCUAAGGAUGGGAGAAAUACAGCUUUAUAUGGAUUGGUCUCAACCCCGACCCUUGGAGUCCAUGAGAUAAAAAUUGGAUCCCUUACGUACCAAGUGAAAACAGGAGAUAUAACCAAGGAGAGGACUGAUGUUAUUGUUAAUUCCACAAACAACACCUUUAGACUAAAAACAGGUGUUUCCAAGGCAAUUUUAGAGGCGGCAGGAAAGAGUGUGGAAGAUGAAUGCACCAAACUAGGUGGCCAGGCUAAUAAAGGAUAUAUUGUCACACAGAAUGGGAAUCUGUCCUGCCGUCACAUCAUUCAUGUGUAUGCAGUGUCAACACCUGAUAAGAUUAAAGCUUCUAUCCUGGAUGUUCUGCAGGAGUGUGAGAAUCUAAAGGCCACAUCAGUUGCUUUUCCUGCUAUUGGAACGGGGGCAGGUAGGGUGACCUCUGCUGCUGUGGCUGAUACCAUGUUGGAUGCUGUUGAGGAAUUUGUCACCUCUAAAUCCCCCAAGUCUGUACAGACAGUAAAAGUGAUUGUUUUCCAACAGAAAAUGUUGGACGAUUUCUAUAACAGUAUGAUAAACAAGGAGGAAACUGGUCUCCUGGCACAGUCUGGGUUUAGGGGUGCGAUACAAUUCGUUUUGAACUAUUUUACUGCAACGAAAGUCGAACCGGAGAAGCCAAAGCUUUAUAUUCCAAAACAAAAUAUUGAACCAGCCAUUUUCCAUCUUUGUGGAGAAGAUAAAAAGAAGGUGAUGGAAGCUUCAUCUUGGCUAGAAGAGCUUUUAUUGAAGGAACAACAUGAGGACGUUAUCUCUGAUGACUGGAUCCUAGAGUUUGAAGAGCAGGAGCUGAAGAAAUUAACUGAGCUUCAAAACAAAUCUCACGUGCACAUUUCUAUUGAACCUUCAGGUUCUGCUAUCAAAGUAUCAGGUCUCACAAGAGAUGUUUUUGAUAUAUCCAAAGAAAUCCACAGUAUUAUAAAAAAUGUUAAUUACAGGAAAACAAGGGAGAGGGAAGCUGAUCUCUAUAGUAAUCUGGUGGAAUGGAGAUACCAUGAUGGUACUAGAUUUGUUCCAUUUGCUAAAAUGUUUAAUCUGGAUCUAGAAAAGGCCCAGAUUGACGGCAUACAAAGUCUCAGUGUUGAUAUCGGUGGAGUAAAAUACACAGUUAACAUGGAGCUGAAAUCUGCAUCAGAUGUUAAAGGAAACAGUGUUGGGAUAGAACGGGUGUCUAAAAGUGGUCUGUCUACCAGUUUACCUGACAACUGGGAUCCAAUGGAAAAGGAACAGCUGAAAAUUGUGCCUCUGAAUCCUGGGAGCCCAGAAUAUAACAGUGUCGAGGGGAUGUUUGCACAGACCUGUCAGAUGAAGAUCAUGAAGAUCCAGAGGGUACAGAACCAGUACCUAUGGCAUAACUACCAGAUUAAGAAGCAGAGUAUUGACACCAAGAACAGUUCCACCAACAACGAGAAACAGCUGUUUCACGGGACUAAUCCCGGCACAAUAGAUAAUGUCAACAAUAAUGGCUUCAACCGCAGCUUUGCCGGCAAGAACGCGUCUAUAAUUGGGAAUGGGACUUACUUUGCUGUUGAUGCCAAUUACUCUGCUGAUGACACCUACUCCAAGCCUGACACAAGUGGCCAUAAACACAUGUACCUGGCGCGGGUCCUCACUGGCACCUUCACUACUGGGCAGAAAGACUUGAUCGCUCCUCCACCUAAAACCCAAUCAAACCCAACGGAUCUGUAUGACAGUGUAACAGAUAAUAUGAACCAACCUUCAAUGUUUGUCAUAUUUAACGAUAUCCAGGCUUAUCCUGAGUAUCUCAUCACAUUCACUAAAUAGUCAACUAUUGUGACCCAACACUUGUUGAGUAGUGAAUCUUAUCUUGUGCAUUUUUCCUCUAAAGGAGAAAUUAAUGUCUUACACACCCGAACUUUAAAAGUUCCAUGACCAUGGUCAGGGAACUCCAAGGUGACUUCUAAAAUCCUUAUAUUUCGCAACAGGCGGUACUUUAUUUAUUAUAAUAUACAACUUGCAGUGAGUCGUGUGACCGAAAAGACAUCACUAAACUCUGAAUAUAUUCAUGGCUCUUGUGUAUUAUAAAUAAAUGACAUAGCUAAGCCCCCCAGUGUAAUGAUCAGUCCUGCUCUAAAUCCAUGGUGCCUUAAAGAGGACCUGUCACCCUAAUAAAUAUUUUCAAAUUCUUUUCCAUCAUGUUAGUUGAGCAAAAUAAACUUUACUUACACUGUAUUUGUUAUUUGCAUUUUGUUUCCUUCUGUCUUGGAAUUAAAUAAUCACAGCAAGCAGACAGCUGCCAUUUUGUGGACAAAGUUAUUAAGGGAAAUUAUGUAUAACCCCAAAAUCAGAAUGGGGGACCUAAUGUCCAUGUGCAGUGCCCUACACAAUUAUAGAGCCUGAGGAGGGAAGGGGGAAUGUGAGGAGAGCAGUGACAUCUAGGAAGUGCAGAAUGGAAAGUGAAAGUAAUUGACUGCCCCUCCUCUAUGCCACGGGCAUAGAGGCGGGGCAGGUAAUAUUUGAUUGAUAGUUUAGAUAUUUAAACACCUUUAUAACAGGUAUGGAUGUUUUAAUGAAAAAAGAUUUUGGGGUUCCAUAUUUAAUUUGCAAAGGACUUUCAUUAUGCAGCUUUUUAUGUGUAGGUGACAGGUCCACUUUAACUCUGAAAAGAAAUCAUCCUGCCUUUCCCUCCUCCCUGUGAUCAUUUAGCUUGGCACAUGCACAGCAGCCGACCCCGUCUGAAACUCAGUCAGCAGGAGGGAUGUCUGUGAGUUUUAUGUGCUCCAAAAGAGAGAAAGCAAGGAAAUCCAGAGGAGAACAACAAAAUGGAGAUAGGGAUCAGUAAUGGUCAAGAGAGUAUUCCAACUUCAGCUCCAACAUGAAUUUUUUGCAAGCAUGAAAUAAGAGAAUCAAGUUGUGAUUAAUGCGUGUUUGAACUCUGGUGCUUUGAUUUGUGUGAGUAAGGCAAGGGGUGACCUGCCAUUGUGCAGCUUUAGCUUAUAAUCCUGGCUCCUGGUUGUCACACUGUCUACAUGUAGUCUGGUUAUACAGUGCACCACAUAGUCCUACAGUAGUACAAUUUUGGGCCAGGACUCCACAGUGAGAAAUUAUGUGCACAGCACUGCAUAAAAACAUUAGUUAUACAUAAAUAAAGAUUUUUCAAAAGUA